AUGCCAGUCAGUGAGCAACUUCGCAACGAUUUAGAAGAUGUCGCAAAUCGUCUCCGUAUUUCAUCCGUUGAAAUGACCUGUGCCAGCAAAUCUGGACAUCCAACAUCUUCAACAUCGGCCGCUGAAAUUAUGGCAACUCUUUUCUUCAACGAGCUCCGAUAUGAUAUUGCUGAGCCAAAAUCGGCGUCGGCUGAUCGAUUCAUUCUUUCCAAAGGACACGCUUGUCCAAUCCUUUAUGCCGCUUGGGAAGAAGCUGGUUUGUUGAGCCAUGAACAAGUUUUGUCGUUGAGAAAAAUCGAUUCGGAUAUUGAAGGACAUCCAACACCUGUAAGUAUAUUGAUGUUUUCAUCAAAUUGUGACAAUGCUUCGCAAGUGCUGAAUUCCCCAUCCAAAACUAAUCAAUUUCCAGCGCCUCAACUUCAUCGAUGUCGCCACCGGUUCCCUCGGACAAGGUCUUGGUGCAGCUGCCGGUAUGGCAUACGUCGGAAAAUACAUCGACAAAGCCAGCUAUCGUGUUUUCUGCCUUCUUGGUGAUGGAGAAUCAGCUGAAGGAUCGGUUUGGGAAGCCGCCGCUUUUGCUUCGAUUUACAAGUUGGACAAUUUGGUUGCCAUUGUUGAUGUUAAUCGAUUGGGACAAUCACAAGAAACAUCACUUGGACAUAAUGUUGAUGUUUAUAGAGUAAGGAUAACGUUUGGUUAGGAAAUUGGAUUUUUUUCGUAUUUGAAACCAAGAAUCCAGUUUCAAUGUUUGUUUACCUACUUUGACAUUUUUGCUAUCAUUUUGACCUAUCAACAAAUUUGAAUUGAUAAGAAAACAUGGCCUAGACAUUUUGGUGGCCUAGAAAACCAAAUUCUUAUUGUCUCCGACUUCAAAGUGAAAAUUUAUACAUGUUUUCUAAUAGUUUUCGACCCACUGAUUCUUAUGACGUGGCAACGUUUGAAAAUAUCUGAAUGCGGGACUUUCAGAGGCUAAAAUUAAUUUCAACGAAGCCACGAUUUUUUUUCUGAAAUUUUCAAACAUUUACCAUGAGUUAAGUUCUAAAGUUUUUGUUGACAGAAUCAGGUCAAACACUACUAGAAAAAAUAUUUUUUCAAAAAUCUUGAGUGAAAGCUGAAACAGCUCCCUUGUAAGCCGUGAAAAAUGAGGAUUUGGUUUUCUAGGCCAUGAGUUCUUAUCAAUUAAAAUUGGUUGAUAGGUCAAAAAUGAAAAGAAUAACAAAAAUGUCGGACUAGGUAAAUUAAAAUUGAGCUGUGAGCCGUGAAAAAUGAGAAUUUCGUUUAAAAAUUCUCCCAAAUUCGAUAUCUUCCAGGCUCGUUUCGCCGCCUUCGGUUUCAACUCAAUCGUCGUCGACGGCCACAACAUUGACGAACUUCUCGCCGCCUACGAAGUCGCCCGUAACACCAAAAAUCAACCAACCGCAAUCAUCGCCAAAACAUUGAAGGGUAAAGGAUUGGUCGGUAUCGAAAAUGAGGAUAAUUGGCAUGGAAAACCAGUAUCGGCUGAUUUGAUCGCCGCAAUUCAAGCGAGAUUCCAUGGAUCAUCAAAAGGAAAAUUGGUUGCUCAAAAACCAAUCAACGAUGCUCCAGUUGUUGAUUUGCAUAUUGGAUCGACAGUCAUGGCUGCACCAGAAUAUAAAAUUGGUGACAAAGUUGCGACACGUGCUGCAUACGGUACCGCUUUGGCUAAACUUGGUGACGCAAAUCCCCGUGUCGUCGGCCUCGAUGGAGACACGAAAAACUCAACAUUCUCUGAAAAAUUGUUGAAAAAACACCCAAAUCAAUUCAUUGAAUGUUUCAUUGCUGAACAGAAUUUGGUUGGUGUUGCUGUUGGUGCACAAUGCCGUGAUCGAGUUAUUCCAUUCACUUCCACUUUUGCCGCUUUUUUCACCAGAGCUACUGAUCAAAUUCGUAUGGCUGCUGUGUCUUUUGCCAAUUUGAAGUGUGUUGGAUCACAUGUUGGUGUAUCGAUUGGUGAGGAUGGACCAUCGCAAAUGGCCUUGGAGGUGAGAGCAUUUUGAUCCUUCAGAUAUCAAUUUUGCUGAAUAUUUGAAGCUCCGCCCACUUUGCAAGUAGCGGCAUGGUUUUUGAAGCAUUAAAUUUGGGGUAUUUCGGGUGGUUUGGAGCAUUCCUAAAUCAAAAUUGCUGAAAUUUUGAAGCUCCGCCCCGUUUUUUGCAAUCCUGGCACACUUUUCUAAACCUAGUCAAAGUUAUGUAUUUUCCAGGCCACGCCUUUUUUUGCAAAGCUCGCACAGUUUUUCGAAAAUAAAAUUUGAAAAAUAAUAUCUGAAAUGAGAUUUGCCACGUCAUCAGUUCACGUUCUAAUUUAAUUUCAAAUUUUGUAUUUCUAAAAAAAGGAAGAAAAAGUGUGCCAGAUUUAAAAAAAUGGUCAAGUUCUUGAAAACUCUGACCAAGAAUCACUAAAUGCCGAAGAUUAUUAUUUUUUCCUCACAAAAAUCCCAUUUUUCUUGCAGGAUAUCGCAAUUUUCCGAUCAAUUCCAAACGGAACCGUCUUCUAUCCAUCAGAUGCAGUUUCAGCCGAAAGAGCCACCGAAUUGGCUGCAAACACACGUGGAAUCGUAUUCAUCCGAACUUCUCGUCCAGCUCUUCCAGUCAUUUAUGCAAAUGAUGAGAAAUUCGAAAUUGGACACGGAAAAGUUGUCAAAAAAUCGGAGAAGGAUUCGAUUUUAUUGAUUGGCUCAUGUGUUACUUUGUAUGAAUCAUUGAAGGCGGCCGAAAUUUUGGAAAAGGAAGGAAUUCAUGCGGCUGUUAUUGAUCCAUUCACCAUUAAACCGUUGGACGGAAAAUUGAUUGCUGAACAUGCGCAAAGAGUUGGUGGAAGAGUUGUUGUAACUGAGGAUCAUUAUGCUGCUGGAGGAAUUGGAGAAGCGGUGAGACAUUGUUUUUGGGAGGGGGUGGAGUUGAAAAUUCGAAAUUUCCGGUUUUUCAGCUUGAAAUUGACUGAAAAUAACUAAAAUUGCUCAGAUUAUUGUUCUAGAAUAUUUCUCAAGAUAAUUUCUAUUGAAAAAAUUCAUGAAAUAAAUGGGUCCAUUCCCCAAAACCCCUUAUUUUCCAGGUUUCCGCUGCUUUGGCCGAUAUUCCAAAUGUUCGUGUUCGUUCAUUGAAUGUCAAAGAAGUUCCACGUUCCGGACCACCAGAUGCACUUGUUGAUUUAUACGGUAUCUCAGCUCGUCAUAUUGUUGAAGCUGUUAAGAAUUUCCACUAG